CUGCGAGGUCUAUUAAAAUGACAGCUCAGACUGUCCACGUCAACACCGAAACACCACCAUGGACUCAGUGGCUUUGGAACCUUCACUCUACACAGUGAAAGCUGUUUUCAUUCUGGACAAUGAUGGAAACCGACUCCUGUCAAAGUACUAUGACUCAGAGCUCUAUCCCUCCAUGAAAGAGCAGAAGAACUUUGAGAAGAAAAUAUUCAACAAGACACACAAAGCUGACAACGAAAUCGCCUUUUUGGAGGGGCUGACCAUCGUUUACAAAAGCAGCAUUGACCUCUUCUUCUACGUGGUGGGCAGCGCUCAAGAGAAUGAGCUCAUGCUGAUGGCAGUCCUGAACUGUCUGUUCGAGUCCCUCAGCCAGAUUUUGAGGAAGAACGUGGAGAAGAGGUGUCUUCUGGACAACCUGGAUGGAGUCUUCUUAGUUGUGGAUGAGAUCAUUGAUGGGGGUGUGAUCUUGGAGAGCGACCCCCAGCAGGUCAUCCAGAAAGUGAAUUAUCGGGCAGAUGAGAAUCCCCUGUCGGAGCAGAGCGUGGCUCAGCACAUAUCACAGAAACUGGCUGCCACCUCCACUGUGCUGCAGUCUGCGAAGGAACAAAUCAAGUGGUCAAUAUUGAAAUGAUCAGGCUUGGAACUGGAGAAGACACCUAGCUCUUAGUCCUAGGAACUGCAGUGUAUAUAUAUAUUUGUGGUACAAUGCAUACAUUUAAGGGAGUUUUCAUGUUACAAAUGUCUGAAAUAGAGAGGGGAAAAACCAGCAACAAAGUGGUUAAAAUAUGUUGAAUUUUCGAUAUGAAGUAAUAUACAUUUGUAUUUAUAUUAUAAAACAUGCUCAAUUUAAUGUGACAGCCUGUAUGAGGAAGAACACUUUGUUUAGCACCUAUGUAGCCCAUCUUCGAAAACAGGGAAGCAAAUAGUAAAAAUACACUUACACUGAUGAGUUACACUGAUGAUUUCUUUUGUAUUGUAUUUCAGUUGAGUAGUCACAAUGUUGUUGUUUUUUAUAGAUAUUUUCCCUCUCAGGAAACUACUUGGAAUACAGUGAAUCCCGGAUUCAGUUUCACCAAAUAAUUAUAUGUGUUUUAAGGCUUCAGAUGUAGCCAAAUUUUAUUUGUGUUUUUACUGUUACCCGGAAUUGUGUGUCAAAAAAAAUCAUUCAUCUCUUUCUUGGUACACAGGUCUACAUGUUGGUCUGUCAUCAGCCAAAUUUCACAGUGGAUUGAUAAUUAAGGAUUGUAGUGACGGGUUGUUUCAGAUUUUUGUCUGAAAGUAUACGCUGAGACACACUGCAGGAAAUAUGGCUUCGUAGGAUUCAGUAUUUGGCUGACACCUAAAAAUAUCAGCUUUGUGCAUCCCAAAGUAAUUCAGAGGAAAAAUAUGCUUAAAACACACAGCAGGCAACAGUGUCCUAGUGCACAAGCAGUGCGUUAUAGAGGAGGGUUACAUUUCUAAAAAAGAUUGUUCAGUGGAGAAGGUCAGCUUGUGUUGAAACCUUAACUGUUUCUUUUUAAUAUAUUACUUUUGGACAUUACUUUAAUAUUAUAAUAAAGUACCUGUGGCACAGUGAAAAGUAAAAGUGCAUAGCAGGGCUGCCAAUUUGAUGACAAAAUGCACAAGACAGGGCUUUAUUAAUUAUUAAUAUUAAUUUAUUAAUAUUUUUGUGUGGCUGUAAGCAGUGACUAAACAUUUUAUGCUCUCUGUGUUCAGGGAACAUGCUAAACGUCAUCAUGUUGUUUUUCCCCCCUCAGUGAAGAAUAUAAAACAUUUUGCCCAAUACUGUUACUUUUUUCAGGAAUUCUGGACGGAUUCAUGUGUAUUCUCCUGUAAAAAAGCCUCUGAUACCAAAGAUUACCACUGAAGGCUACAACUACAUUUGAGUCUACACUUAAUAUGUGGUGUAAUUUCAUACAUGAUCCUAUGAACGGAGGGACCCUAAACUGAUCACUUUUGUGUAUUUAUUUAUUUAUUCGGCAGACACGCGUAUCCAGAGUGAAUCAUGAAGCCAAUAUUGCAUUAUAUAUUGAAUACAUAUCACAUGAGCAACAGAUGCAGCAAAAACAGGAAGAGAACGGCAAGAAUUACAGUACAUAAGAAUAUGUUGUAAAAAUGCCCAUUUGAGAAAAUAGGUGACCAGAAAAAACUGUCGCUUUAACUUAUCAUUUCUAAUGUAUGCAGGUGCAGUAUUGAAUGAAGUAGGGUAAUUUGAUUAAGCGGUAUAUUCUUCUUGAAUAAUCAUAUUAAAUAUGUAUGCAAGCAAUAGAAGAAUAAAGGUUGAGGUAAAUUAUGUUAACAAAUGGUGUACUGCAAUACUGGAACAAAUGUCAGUUGCUUUAAUCCAUGUAAUUUACCAUACUGUUUAUAGAACAGAAAUUGAAUCAAAUUGCAUUUUUUGCAUCUCCCGUGCUUAAGUGAGCAGGAGAAAGCAUUCUCUAUAUCACAAAGCUUUUUCAAAUAGACUUUUUAUAUAUAUUUGUUUCAUUUUGCAUUGAUUUCAGC